AUGUCUUUAGUCAAACAAGUCCCAUUUGGUAACACUGGUAUUAAGAUCUCCCCAAUUGUUGUUGGUUGUAUGUCCUUUGGCUCAAAGAGAUGGCAAGCGUGGAUUGAAGAUGACAGAGAGGAAGCAUUCAAAAUCUUAAAAUACUGUUACGAUCACGGUUUGCGUACGUUUGAUACUGCUGAUGUUUACAGCAACGGUGAAAGUGAGAAAUUCUUAGGUGAAUUCCUGAAAAGGUACAAUAUUAGAAGGGAAACUGUCGUUAUUUUAACUAAAGUUUACUUCCCUGUCGAUGAUGAACUACCAGAAUUUGGUGGUUUCAAAGAUCUUGCAGCCAGUGAGCAGAUGCAACUUGAUGUCACCAAUCAAAGAGGCCUCUCUCGUAAGCACAUCUUAGCAGGUGUCGCUAAAUCUGUAGAAAGACUAGGCACUUACAUUGAUGUUUUACAAUUACAUAGAUUGGACCAUGGUUUACCAAUGAAAGAAAUAAUGAGAUCCUUGAACGAUGUCGUUAUGAGCGGUAAUGUAAGGUAUAUUGGUGCUUCCACUAUGCUCGCGACCGAAUUUGUCGAAAUGCAAUAUAUUGCAGAAAAAUACAACUGGUUUCAAUUUGUUUCAUGGCAAUCUCAGUACAACCUAUUGUAUAGAGAAGAUGAGAGGGAAGUUAUCCCAUUUGCCAAAAAACACAAUAUUGCUUUGAUCCCAUGGUCCCCAAAUGCAAGAGGUAUUCUGACAAGACCCAAUGGUGUAGACUCUGAUAGAAGCUCAAUUGACCCACGUCUGCAGAAUUUACCAGAACAAGAUAAGCAAAUUAUUGACAGAGUCGAGAAAGUUGCUAGGGAUAGAGGUGUAAGCAUGGCGAUGGUUUCAACUGCUUGGGUCUUAAGCAAAGGGUGUUCGCCAAUUGUUGGUUUGAACUCUAUCGAAAGAGUUCAAGAAGCCAUUGAAGCUGUUAAUCUCAAAUUAAAUGAGGCAGAAAUUAAAUUUUUAGAAGAGCCAUAUCAUACCAAACCACUGGAACCAAUUUUUAAUUAA